UGUGGCAACUGUAAUAAAACAUUUUGUCAUGUUACGGAAUUAGAUUUAGCAGGGCAGAGUUUAUACGGGAGAAUACCACAAGAAGUCGGAAAUCUUUCUCGUUUAACAACAUUGGAUUUAAGCGGAAACAAUCUUCGAGGAGAAAUUCCUAUGUCAAUUAUCAACCUACAAUUCAUUACUUAUAUAGAUCUUUCUGAUAACUCCUUGAGUGGGAAGUUGCCACCUUUUCAGAUGGAGUCUUUACAAUACUUGAAUUUAGGCACCAACAAGCUUAAUGGAUCACUCCCUAAAUCAUUUCUCAACCUAACAUCGCUUGAGGAACUAUGGCUUUAUGAAAACUGCUUCAGUGGAGACUUGUUGCCAUUUCAGAUGAACAACUUACAGAUUCUGUCUCUAGGCGGUAAUUCCUUUAACAACCAAAUCCCUCGUGAAUUUGGUGCUCUCCAAAACUUAACUACUUUAGCCAUACACUUCAACUUACUAAGUGGAAGCAUUCCUGAAGAGCUGGGGAACAUGUCCAAUCUUGAGAUUUUAUAUCUGAAUGAGAAUCACCUCUCAGGUCACAUCCCACAGCAGCUUGGGAAUCUUACACAGCUGCAGGAACUGUACCUAAGCACCAAUUAUUUUGUUGGUGAAUUGCCUCCAAGCUUCAUGAAGUUGGUGAACUUAGUAUAUUUGUAAGUGCAUGUUGACUCU